UAGACCCUUUUUAGUUAGUAUAUAAGACAACUCACUCACUCACUGUUAAUUACUGAGACGAUUUCUGUACUGAGAAAAAAAAAUUGUUUUGUGGAAUAAUUUAAAAAUGGUGAUCGUAAUUUUUCAUCCAAAUUUCCAACAUUUACAGCACCACCACCACCACCAAUUCAAAAAAUUUAUUUGAUUUCUGACUUUUUGAUUUUUACAGCACAUCCUCUUUCGUCUUCUUCUUUCCAAUUCCAUUCAUCCCAUUCCAUCCAUAGUUGUGUCGUGUGAUAGUACCUAACUACUACUACUACAAAUACCUUCUAUCCCCUUGUUGCUAUUGCUAAUCGCUCUUGCUACUCGCUCUCCUGCUGUUUAAUUAUCUCUCUUUACUAUAAUCUUAACUUAUUAUAGUAUCCAUAUAUUUAAGCAUUGCCAUUUGGUUAUACCCCCAUUGUUAUUAUUAUUAUUACUAUUUGUUCAUUCAAUCAAUCAACUAAUUAAUCAUGCCUACUCCUGCUGAAAUCAUUGCUGCUCGUCAUAAUAAUGACAAUCAACCUCCUGCUUCUGCUUCUUCCAAUGAUGAUUCAUAUUUUUCAGAUAAUGAAGAAUUCAAUGAUGUAACUACUGCUGCCACUACUUCAAGUACUGGUCGUUCAACUCCAAACAUUGCUGAUGAAUCGGCUUUCCCUGCUUUAGGUGGUGGUAAGAAAUCAACUUCAACCACUCCUAUUCUUGGAUCUUGGGGUCCAACCAUGAAAUCUCCUGUCUCAUCAUCAAAUCCUACUACUUCUAAGCAACAUGCUACUCCUGCUCUUAAAUCAAAAAGUUCAACUCCAACUGGUUCUUCUUCUACUAAUGGUAAUGGUAAAUCUAAAACUUCAACCGUUCAAGAAGCUUUCUCCUUAGAUGCUGAUGAUCAAUCAAAUGUUAGUAAACCUGAUUUUUUCAAAAUUUUAAAUAAUGUUAAAUUAGAAACAAAUACUACCAUUGAAUGUACUACUUCUCAACAUACUAAAAAGAGAACUUUUUUAAUUACUGGUAAAGUUGGUGAUGUUACUUUAGCUAAAAGAUUAGUUAUUAGACAAUUAACUAAACCAGUUAAAAUUACUUUUUCAGUUCCAGCUAAACUUAGAUCAAGAAUUAUUGGUCCUCAAGGUAGUACUUUAAAACCAAUUAUUCAAACUUAUGAUGUUAAAGUUGAUAUUGGUAAUCUUGAAAAUGAAGAUGCUGAAGAAGAUAAUGAUAAUGAUGAAGAUGAUGAUGAAGAUGAUCUUUCAAAAGUUAUUAAAAUCACUAUUGAAGGUGAUGUUGAAGGUAGUAAAAGUGCCAAAGCUCAAAUUUUAGCCAUUGUUAAUGAAGAAACUAAAAAUUUAGUUAGUAAAGUUAAACUUGAUGAUACUGUUAAACCAUUUGCUCAAAAUUCUUUAAGUAAAAUUGUUGCAAAAUAUUCUAAUUUAGAUAUUUCAAUUCCAGAUUAUAAAUCUGCUAGUUCAACUUUAUUAAUUUCCGGUGCAAGAGAUUCAGUCAUUGAAUCUAAAGCUGAAAUUAAAUCUGUUUUGGAUUCUUUAUCAUCAAAGAUUAUUACUGAAGAAGUUGCUAUUCCAGUUUUAAAACAUAGAUUCUUACCAAUUGAUAAAAUUUUACAAGAACAUAAUGUUUUAAUUAAAUUACCAACUGAUGAUUCCAACACUAAUGUUAAAUUCGUUGGUGAAAAGGCACAAAUUUCUCUUGCUAAAGAAAGUGCUAGACAAACUUCAUCUCAAUUCAAAAUUGAAAUUCUUGAUAUGUCUAAAGCUCAUAAAGGUAAUUUAAAACAUGUUAAAGCUGUGGCUGCUCUUUUAGAUAAAAAUGGUGUUUUUGCUGAAAUUUCAAAGGAAAAUGAUAUUACUAUUCAAGUUCCUGAUAUUAAAGCUUUAUCUGAUAAUUCAAUAGUUUCAAUUCCAAUUGAAUUAGUUACUAAAAAUACUGAUACUGAAAAAACUUUAAGUGCCAGAAAAGCCAUUGUUCAAAAAGUUAAUAAAAUUACUCCUGAUCAAACUAAAGUUAUUGAAGAUAUUGAUGUAUUUUUAUUACCUAAAGUUUCAGAAACUAUUGAUACUGUUGCUAAAGAACAUAAUAUUAGUUAUAUUAUCUUAGGUAAUUCCAUUACUUUAUUCACUGAAGCUAAACCUGAACCUGCUGCUGAUGAUUUUGAUUUUGUUGAAUCUACUGAAGAUGAUGAUUCAUCGGUUGGUUUAACUAAAGUUAAUGAAGCUUUAAAUAAAUUAAGAGAAUUAUCUUCAACUUUAGAAUCGGUGGUUCUUUCUGUUCCAUCUAAAGAUCAAUCUCAAAUCUCUGGUGUUAGAGGUACUACUUUAAAAUCUAUUUUAAGUGAUGUUGAACCAAAUUCAGUUAUUGUUAAAUUACAUUCUAAUGGUUUAGAUUCAAAAUCUGAUGAUGAAGUUUAUAUUCAUGGUAUUAAAACUGAAGUUAAAAAAGUUAAACAUGAAAUUGAAACUGUUUUAGCUGAUGCUAUUGAACAUAAAGAUGGUUAUUCAUCAAUUCUUGAAGUUCCAUCUCAUAUUUUAUCAAGAUUAAUUGGUAAAAAUGGAGCUAAUUUAAAUUCUCUUAGAGAUGAACAUGGAGUUAAAAUCGAUGUUAGUGAUGAUGGUAAACCAGAUCAUAAAGAUGAAGAAAUUAAAGAUAAAACUUUAAAAACUUCUCUUAUUAUUGCUGGUAUUAAAAGAAAUGUUGAACAAUCAAAAGCUGAAAUUCAAGCUUUAGCUAAAAGAUGGGCUGAUGAAACUACCGUUAGAUUAAAGAUUGAAAAUCAAUAUCAUAGAAAAUUAAUUGGUCAAAAUGGUAUCUACAGUAAUAGAUUACAAGAUAAGUAUAAUGUUAAAAUUAGAUUCCCUCAUCUUGCAUCUGAUAAAUCUACUGGUAAUGGUAAUGGAAAUGUUUCAUCUGAUGCUCCAAAGGGUAAAGAUGAAGUUACUAUUAGAGGUGCUUCUAAAAAUGUUGCUAAAGCUCAAGAAGAAUUAUUAGAAUUAUAUAAUUAUGAAAAAGAAAAUGGUUUCCAACAAUUAGUUCAAAUUCCAACUAAAGCUAUUGCCAGAGUUAUUGGUAAAGCUGGUGAAACUAUAAAUGAUAUUGCUGCUGAUACUGGUAUUGAAUAUAAAUUUAAAAGAGAUAAUGAAAGUGAAGAAAAAACUGGUUUUGCUGAAGUUGAAUUAACUGGUUCAAGAACUGCUUUAAAACAAGCAAGUAAAAAGAUUAGUGAAAUCAUCGAAGAAAUUGAAAAUUUCGUUACUGUUAAAAUUAAUGUUGAUCCUAAAUAUCAUCGUGAUUUAAUUGGUCAAGGUGGUUCAGUUAUGAAACAAAUUAUUGCUAAAGCUGGUGGAGAAGAUUUACCAAGAAAUAAAUAUUUCAAAUUAUUAAAUAUUCCAAAUGAAGGUACUGGAUCUGAUGAAGUUACAUCUCAAGGUGAUAAAUCUAUUGUUGAUAAGAUUGUGGCUGAAAUUAAAAAGAUUAUUGGUCAAAAGGAAUCUGAAGUUAGUUUUGAUUAUGAAUUAUCCAAGGAAAAGCAUAGAUUAGUAGUUGGUAGUAAUGGAUCUAUUCGUCAUGCUUUACAAGAUGAAUUUGGUGUAUCUAUUGAUAUUCCAAGACCAAAUGAUUCAUCAUCAAUUAUUAAAUUAAGUGGUUUACCAGAAAAGAUUGAUGCAUUAAAAGUUAAACUUGAUGAAUUAACUAAAGAUGAUUGGAAUGAAAGUAUUGAUAUUCCAGCUAAAUAUCAUGCUUUGGUUAGUGAAAAGGGGGCUAUCUUUAAAAAAUUAAGAAGUGAUUAUAAUGUUGAAGUUCAACAUGGUACUUUAACCAGACAAGCUGCUAAAUUAUCCAAUACUUCUAUUCCAACUCCACCAGAAACUGCAUUCCCAACUGAAGAAGUUACUACUUUAUUUACUAUUGUUCCAAAUAGUGAAGAAGAAGCUACUACUGAAGAAACCAUUAUUCCAUGGAGAUUAAAAGGGGAUGUUAAAAACACUGCUAAAGUUGCUGAAUUAAUUGAAAAGAGAUUAAAAUUAGCUGAAGAAGCUAAUUCAACUGGAUGGUAUUAUGCUAAAGAUCCAAGUACAUUUUCAAAAGUUGUUGGACCCCAAGGUUCAAAGAUCAAUCAAAUUAGAAAGAAAACUAAUACUUUUAUUACCGUUCCAAGAAGUACUGAUAAACAUUCUAAUUUCAUUUAUGUGGUUGGAUCUGAAGAUAAUUUGAAUGCAGCUAAAAAGGAAAUUGAAAUUGCCCUUAAAUAAAUUGGCUAAUAUCUAAUUAUUAUUAUUGAUGAAAUUUGUUUUGUUUGAUUUUUAUUUUAUGAUUAGGU